AAAUUUUCUGUUUAUAUAAAAGGAUUUCCAAAGCAAUAUUGUUUUAACCAAGGGGGUUCUCGUAAUUUUUCCUGUUUUUCUCCAUCACUAAGACAAAAUCACAGCCGUCAAUUGUGAAUUCCCAAUUUCAUUCAUCAACCAGAGUUGGUUGGAAACCCUGAUCAAAUGAAGCAGGGCCAGGGCGGCAGCGACCUCAAAGAAUCCUCGUCGCCGGCGGCGGUAAUGGACGCGCCGGAGCUCGAUGUUAAAGCUAUGAUCCACAGUCAUUGCCUCUUCUUCGAUCGGCUGGUGGAGCUGAUUCCGGCCAGGUUUUACCUCCCCGCUCCCGAGGACAAGCCAUGGUUCCAAGGCCUCAGCAAGGCUGCCAAGGCUUCGGCAAAGCGGGAGUCACGGGAGAACCUCAAGAAGGCACGCCGUGCUCGCCAUGAUCCUUCCAGCCCCUCCACCACUCUCGACCUUCUUCGCAAGUCCAUCCAACCCGCUGAACCCGAGGCCUUGGCAACGGAGGUGGCUCUGACUUCUGACCGCGCUGGAACACUUGAGGAGCUCCGGCAUCGGUAUCGCCUCAAGAUGGAAGAGCUUCGCUCCAAUCGCAACACGAAGAAUCCGGUUAAGCCCCGGGUUGAGAAGGAGAAGAAGAAGAAGGUUGGAGAUCGGUUGGAAGGGAAACGGAUGCGUGAAGAGCGGGUUGUAGAUGAUGGUGAUGCGAAGAAGGUGAACAAGAAGGUGAAAGUGGAAGGAGGUGGUGAGGCCUUGCAAGAUCUAUCUUUUAGUGUUGUAAAGAUCGGAGAUGAGGAAGGGAAGGGAAAGAGGAGAAGGGUUUCAAAGGUCAAGGCUUUACACAGGGCUGAGCGGCUGGAGGAGGCGAAGAAAGACCCGGAGAAGGGGGAGAUGGUUGCUAAGAAUCAUUCAUGGAAGGCGGCGGUGGAUAGGGCUGCAGGAGUUAAGGUUCAUGAUGACCCAAAGCUGUUGAAGGAGAGCAUGAAAAAGGAGAGGAGGAAGAGGCAGAAGCAUGCUGAGAAGUGGAAGGAGAGGGUGCAAAGCAGGGAUCAAAAGAGGGAGGAGAAGCAGAAAACAAGGUCGGAUAAUAUCAAGGAGAGGAUCCAACAAAAGAAGAUGAGGAAGAUUGAGAAAAGGGAGAAGAAGCUCAUGCGGCCUGGGUUUGAGGGACGGAGAGAAGGUUAUAUAAAUGACCAGUAAUUGGUGGCAACCUAAAAAUUAAGGUGGAGUUGUUCUGAGGUUGAAUGAAGGUGUUGCAAAUGUUGGAAAUUAUUGGACUCUUCCUAGGAGCUGCUAUAAGGCUAAGUGGUGUUGCAACUGGAGGAUUGGAAAUUGUAGGAAGUAUGCUAUCUAUUACCCUCUUUUUGUUAUCAGAAGUUUCUAUAUGAUAGCCCUUGCAAACUUCUACUAUUAUUUAUCAUUACAAGUGUAACUGUUGGUUUGAUUGGUUUGCUGUAAUUUCCUGUUUGUCUAUUAUUUAAAUGAACAAGCACCAGUGUCGUAUUUCACAUUUGUUAAAUUUUCCACCAUGAUUUUCUGUUCAUCUGGUAUUAGUUUGCCUUGCGCCAAGGCAGUGUAUUUGAUGUAGUUAAAAUAUGUUUUGUUUGUAUUUAA